AUGGUUGUAUUCACCGGCAUGCAAAGGCACGCUGGAACUACGGCCAAGGUACACUUUAUCUUAUCUAGUGAAGAUUGUGAAACGAAUCCUUACACUCUCGUCGAUGACAAGCGCAAGAUACUACAACGUGGUUCUAUUGAUUCGUUUAUAUUCAGUGUUCCAAAAUCAUUAGGAUUGUUGAAUUAUCUACGUAUUUGGCAUCAUAAUUCCGGCCUACAUUCGUCACCGUCAUGGUUUCUCAAGUAA